UACCGCUGCCGCCGCCCCAGACACAUGUCCGCUGGCAUGUGUGCCUUGCUCUGGGCCCUGUCCCUGCUGCUGACCAUGUUGGAAGGGAACUACUGUGGCUUCCUGAAUUGGAAUGUGCAUGGUGGUUGGUGCCGAGUGUGGGAUUUCAUCACUGUGUCAUGGCUGAUUUUGUUAUUUGUGUUUCUCACUGGGUCCAGCCUGGCCCUGAUGACCAGACUGCUGUGUGGCUCCCAUCGGGUGCCGCCCACCAGGCUCUACGUGACCAUCAUGCUCACAAUGCUGGUCUUCCUCCUCUGUGGCCUACCCUUCGGCAUCCACUGGUUCCUCUUAUUCUGGUUUGAUUUCUUGCCUCAUCAUGGCAAGUUUGUAGUACUCCUGUCCUGUGUCAACAGCUGUGCCAACCCCAUCAUUUACUUCUUCGUUGGCUCCUUCAGGCAGCGAUGGUGGAAACAGAGACACACCCUGAGGCUGGUUCUCCAGAGGGCUCUGCAGGACACUCCUGAGGUGGAUGAACCUGGAGAAAGCCUUCCUAGGGAAACCCUGGACAUGUCGGGAAGCAGUCUGGGGCAGGGAUGAGAGCCUCUGUCCUGAUCAGUCUGAAGUAACUUUGAGACUCACUGCUGCCCUGCCAGGCUUGGAAAGUAUCUAGUCUUCUCUCAGCCUCAGCCUCAGAAUGUGUCAGUGAUUCCCCAAUCUCUUCAAAUAGGUUGUUUUUAACCUGGCUGUUCUAGU